GCUCAAAUUGUAUUAAACUAGAGAAAAAGCUUAAAAAUAGGUCGCAUUUGUGACACGCCUCCCCUGUGUUAUGAAUGAAAUGGAACAGCCCGCGUAUGCCACGCCCCCUCCGCUCUCUCCUGUUGAUGUUAUUAAUGUUUAUGUCAGUCAGACGUUUAAUGGAGGAAGUGGCAAAAAACCCAAACAAACUUGUCGAGUUUCCCCAAGUCCGCAGCUUUUCAGGAACGUUAUGAGAAAUAGGGUCAUUGCCCCUAAACAUAUGUUAACACAGGGGUUACAAACUCAUGGAGCUGCGCAAAGGCACACAGGGGAGAAUAACGAGCCUCCGGCGGGGCUGCAAGAGAGCCGAGCCGCCAAACGCGAACCUGAGGCGGGAUGUCACUAAAGUUCUGCGCCCGCUGCCCGUGGAGACCAACGACGAAGAGGAGCUCAUGGAGGAAGAGGACUGCUUCUCCACGGGCUUCCUCAAGAAUGACAGUCUCUAUCCCGCGAUGUUCUUCAAGACACCCAGGUAUAGCUUGAUCCGGGAGGUGGGUCGCGGGAGCUACGGUGUGGUGUACGAGGCCAUCGCCCGCAGGUCCGGAGCCCGGGUGGCCGUGAAGAAGCUCCGCUGCGACGCGCCCGAGAAAGUGGAGCUGGCGCUGGCGGAGUUCUGGGCCCUGGCGAGCCUGGAGAAGAAGCACGAGAACGUGGUGCAGCUGGAGGAGUGCGUGCUGCAAAGAAACGGGAUGGCACAGAAAAUGAGCCAUGGGAACAAACGAAACAAGCAGUAUUUGAGAUUAGUGGAAACUUCACUUAAAGGUGAGCGUGUCUUAGGUUAUCCAGAGGAACCGUGUUAUCUUUGGUUUGUUAUGGAGUUCUGCGACGGCGGAGACCUCAACCAGUACAUCCUCUCCCGGCGGCCCGACCCGCGGACCAACCAUAAUUUCAUGAAGCAGAUGACCAGCGCUGUGGCCUUCCUCCAUAAGAACAACAUCGUCCACCGGGACCUCAAACCAGACAACAUUCUCAUCUCACAGAAAUCUGGCAACCCGGUAAUCAAAGUCGCCGACUUCGGUCUCAGCAAGGUCUGCGCGGGGCUCAGCUGCAUGGAGAGCGAAGGCGACAACCAGGUUAACAAAAACAUGAACAUUAACAAAUUCUGGCUGUCGUCAGCGUGCGGAUCUGACUUCUACAUGGCACCGGAGGUGUGGGAGGGCCACUACACCGCCAAAGCUGACAUUUUCGCCCUCGGCAUUAUCAUUUGGGCCAUGAUCGAGCGGAUCACGUUUAUCGACGCCGAGUCUAAGCGAGAGCUCCUCGGCACGUACGUUCGACAGGGAACCGAAAUCGUCCCAGUGGGUGAGGCCUUGCUGGAGAACCCGAAGAUGGUCCUGAACAUCCCGCAGAAGACGCGGAGCAUCAUGUCUGAAGGCGUCAAGCGCCUUCUGAAGGACAUGUUGGCGGUCAACCCUCAGGACCGGCCUGAUGCGUUUCAAUUGGAGGUCAGAAUGGACCAAGUCACAUGUGCGGCGUAAGCCGACCCGAUUGGCCAAAGCAAGCACGCAACUUCUUCAGGUUUGCAGGGUAGGAUUGCCCACGGAUGAAAAUGAAAAAGGGACAGCGAAUCCUGGAACUGUGAAUUACAUUUCGUGACCGCUUCCAAAAAGCAGAAGUGAAAUCAAAUGACUUUGAUAUCUAUAUUUAAAACCCCUCACGAGGAAAUGCUAUGCAGGUUUCUUUAUCAACGCACUCUUUUUUCUACUCCGGUGCUUUCUAAACUGACCACGUCUUCUCCUACUCCGAUCUCACCAGCAAUGUUUUCAGUUCUCCCUCGUUCUCUGCUGUGACUCGUGCUGUUGUUUUGGACCAGAUUUAGACACACACGUUGCACUAUGUCCUCAAACAAACAAACAUAUCCACUCUGCACCUCCGUGAAAGCUACCUACUGCCCCAUUCGUCUGGAAAGGGGUUUACCAGAGAGUAUAUAGAUGUAAAUAGUUAGACGUAGAAAAUGAAGCACUAGGAACGAUCGAAUGUUGAUGAAUGCUCUAAAAUAUUCACAGGACAACAGAGAAGGAAGUUAUUAUAGUUAUUAUAGAACUCACAACCAUGAAGACAUACUGUGAACGAUAUAAUGUGAAUGGCUGGGUACAUAGCAACCCCGUCUCUCCUGUAGGUGUAAAUGCUUCUGAUCAGAAAAACAGCACCUCUUAAAAGAAAAAAAAAAACCUUUGUGCCUUAUUUUUAAAUUUUAAGAAAGUGUUUGGAUGGUUCUCAUUAUUAUUUUAAAUUUGUCAUUUUUUGGGGGGAUUUUUAAAAUGAUUUUAUUUUAUCCAAAAUGUCAUCACACACACACACACACACAAAAAAAAAAAAAAAAAAAUAUAUAUAUAUAUAUAUAUAUAUAUAAUAUAUUCAUUUGACAGGAUCCAUUAAUGCAGUUGCAAGUUGUCAAAGAAUUACAUUUUUUUUAAUUCAAAUUUUCCCUUUUUUACUCUCUUCAUCAAGAUACAGAUCAGGUAUAAACAAAAAGCAGACUAUUUUUUGUACUAAUGCCAUUGAAAAGGAGAUUAUUUGAUUUUCUAUGCAGACUCGACUGUUGACGUUGUGUAAAUAAUUUGGUGAGGGAUCAAAUACGUUAUGUUGUUAAUUUUGGUUUUCGUCUGACGGACUUCACAUUGUUGUAGCAAAAAAUCUGAUUUCCUUUUGGCUCUUUACAUCAAAAAAGGCUUUAAAAUAGACGUUACAUUCACAUUGUUUUGGUUCCGUUGGAACAGUUUGAAUUGUUAGAAAAUGUAGCAACUCACGUCAUGUGAUUCCAUACGGAAUGUUGCAUGAUUCUGUUUCUGUGGGCACCGUUGAGUCACUGUAACUUGAUUUCUCUUCAGUACUGUUUGACCCAAACACACUACUAGAUACUUUAGAGAUGUGUCAGAUAUCAAGUCUAGACCUCUGUGAAAAAUGUGUUAAAUAUUUGGUUUAAUUAUAAAGACAGAUGUUAAUUGUACUCCUGAUCACAUUCAAGGUUAAAGAAAUGAAAGGUUAAAAAAAUGAAAAGUUGCUGGAAAUGUACUCACCCUCAGACCAUCCAAGAUGUAGAUGAGUUUGUUUCUUAAUCAGAUUUGGAAAAAUGUAGCAUUACGUCACUUGCUCACCAAUGGAUCCUCUGUAGUGAAUGGGUGCCGUCAGAAUGAGAAUUUGAUAAACAAAUCAAAAUAAUCCAUAAGUAAUCCACACCACUCCAGUCCAUCAGCUAACAACCUAAAAAGUCAUAACUAUUACAUAAAAAGUCAAAAUUAUAAUUGUUUAAAAAUUAUAAUCUAAAAUGACAUAAUUUUAGCAUUAAAAAGUUUAAAAAUUCUGAGACAGCCUGUUAUCACUAUAAUCCACAAGUAAUCCACAACACUCCAGUCCAUCAGUUAACAACUUAAAAAGUCAUAAUCGUGGCCGAAAGUUAAAUUAUGAGAUGUAAAAGUCAUAAUUGAGAUAAGUAGCAAUUAUGAGAUACGAAAGUCAUCAUUUUGAAGUUAAAAUUAUGAGAUAAAUUAGAUAAAAAGUCAUAUUUAUGACAUAAAAAGCCAAAAUUAUAAAUUGGGACUUAAGUAAAAUUGAGGUAAAAUUAUGAGUUAAAGUCAACAUUAUGGGUAAGUCUGAAUUAUGAGAUACUAAGAGAAACUAAGUAACAAAUUCAACAUAUAAUGUCAUAAUUAUGACAAAAAGUCAAAAUUAUUAGAUGUAAAAGUCUUACUUAAGACAAGUGGCAAUUAUGAGACAUGAAAGUUAUAAUGAUGACAUAAAAAGUCAAAAUUAUUAUUAUGUUUCAAAAUUAUAACCUGAAAUGUCAUUAUUCUGAUAUAAAAAGUAAAAAAUUAUGACUUGCUCAACAAUGGAUCCUCAGUGAAUGGGUGCUGUCAGAAUGAGAGUCCAAACUGCUGAUAAAAACAUCACAAUAAUCCACAAGUAAUCCACACCACUCCAGUCCAUCAGUUCACAUCUUUUGAAGUAAAAAGCUGCAUCAUUACAAUAUUUUUAACUUUAAACCACUGCUUCCAGUUAAAAUGCAAGUCCAUAAUAUUGCUUCCUCUUGUGAAAAAGUCAUAUGGUUUGAAUUAGGAGAGAAAUAUGCACAGAUCAAGUACUGUUUACAAGCCAAAACAGACCAAAACAGUUAUAAACCAAUAUGUCGGUGGAUUUUGAUGUGAGAAGACAAUGGAAGAUGUUUUUUUUCACUGGAGGAAACAUUUUGUUUUGUUUUGUUUUUUGGGUUUAGGUUAAAAUGACCUAACAAUGAAUUUGUUUCUUGAUUUGGAUUAAUUUGUUUCAAGUUUCUAGAGUGGUGUGGAUUACUUGUGGAUUAUUGUAAUGUUUUUUUAUCAGCUGUUUGGACUCUCAUUCUGACGGCACCCAUUCACUGUAGAGGAUCCACUGGUGAGCAAAUGAUGUAAUGCUCCACUUUUCCAAAUCUGAUGAGGAAACAAACUCAUCUACAUCUUGGAUGACCUUAUGGGUGAGUACGUUUUCAGCAAAUCUUAUUACUAUUUCACAAAUUUGAGGUCGCAAUAAGAAGCUAGUCGAUAUUUUUCCUCUUAACUGGACAUUUGUACCGGUUUUCCUUCUGUUGGUUAGAAAUUAUUUCUAUUCAGUGUUUUGGUUUACAUACUCAGUGUUUCUACCUCACUUUUCCUCACUGUUGUGUCACAUUUAGCUCUGUCUUUUGCUGUUUGCAUCUUUUCAGUGGCAGUACUUUUAUUCGUAAUGUAUUAAACGUCUCGGACAUUGCAUUUCACUGUUUGUUAUGUUGGGAGUCGCAGAACGAGAUUACCUGUAGUAGUGUUUCAGAUACUUUCUUCAGGUUUCUUGACUUGGGGAGCUUUUUAUCAAAACAAAAUCCACAGGAAGGUCAUGUUUUUCAAAGGACGUUGUUAGAAUCGUACUUUUAGUCUCAUCUUGAAAUACCAAAAAACCUCAUAGACUGGCAGUAAGGUCAUGUUUCUUGUCCCUCAGGUGUUUACUGAAAAAUGUUUGCAGGUCAAACAAACACGACGACCAUUUAACAGUCCAUUUUCUCUCAGUUCUGAGCAAUACUAACCUGACCAGAGAUACGCACAUUGACUAAUCACUACAGACACGGAAACCAAACUGUUAUCUUUCUACUGAAUCGUUUUCUUUCUGAGUUUCACAGAUUAUUUUGAGAUUGCAGAUGUUUUAUAUUGUACAAAUGUCUUCUUAUUGUUAAUAUUGAACUGGGUUUGGUUUAUGAUGCUAUGAGCCAUGUGAUGUUUUUGCAAAGCAGUCUUUCUUAAAUGUAUGUAGCUUCUUGUUUUGUUGAAAUAAAGAAAUAGAAGUAAAUA